AUGAAAGUAAUCGUCAUUAGGCAUAUGCACUUUGAUGGUGACGAUGAUGCUGGUGGUGCAGACGAUGACGAUGAUGGUGAUACUGAUUAUGAUGAUGAUGACGACGGCUAUGACGAUUUUGAUGAUGAUGAUGAAGAUAAUGAUACCGACACUGAUGAUGGCGUUGAUAUUGAUGACGACGAUACCGAUGACGAGAAUGGUUCAUCUGAAGGCAUCAACCAGCCUCUAGAUGCCAUGAACUCAGACGAACAUGAUGAAGUUAUCGGAGAUGUCCAUGUCUGUGGCAACUGCCGUGGGGAGUUUGUUGUCUUUGCUGACUUUGUAAAACAUAAGCAGAACUGCAUCAAGAAGCAGGUCGUGAUGAUCUACAAUGAGGGACAGGAGCAGAUGGAAGAUUCUAGCAGGAUGUCUGAGAAAGACCAGGACACUGCCUCUGAUCGUUCAAUGACCCCUGAUAGCAGGAAAUCCGUUGAACCAAACUAUGUCUCUGAAGGAAAAGCUCAACAGCAGGAUGAACAACCUGGCAGGUCUUCAGAUCAAAGCCCAAACCCAAGUCUCCCACCUUCAAAUGUUUCCUUGGAUAACCUUGAAAACACUCCAUAUGCUGUGGCACAGUUUCCUCGAGAAUCUGCUAUGGUUCCUGGGCACCCUGAUGUAGUGAUGAUACGAGAACAGCUGUAUGCCCUUCAACAGCAGCAUCUUCACCAACUUCAUAUGAUCCAGAGCAUCCAGCACCAGAUCAACCACUUAACUGCCCAGCAACAAAGGCAGCAGAUUCAGCACCAACAACUUCAGCAGCUUCAGCAACAAAAUCAACCGAAACAAGAACCAAAAGAUUCCUCAGGGAGUCAGGAAUCGCCAGAACUUGAUGAAAAGCCUUUAGAAAGCAAAACUGAACCAGCCCCCAGUUCUGACACAAACACUGCUACCACAUCUAGCAUUCCAUCCACACCCAUUGUACCAAUCCCUACCAUACCUGGUAUGAUUCAUCCACCACAUAUAUUGUCUCCUGCAGGAGCUGCAGCAGCAUCAGCUGUGCAACAAUCUGCUAUAGAGGCCAUGCAUGCUCAAGGAAGGUUGCUGCCACCUCUACCACCACCAUUCCAUCUGCCUAGCCAGAAGUCACCUUUUGAGAUGCUUCAACAGCAUGCCAACCGACAUAUGCCGCUCAACCCUCUUGGAAUUCCGCCACCGCUCCCUUAUCAUGAGAGUUUGCUUUCUGGUAACCAAAAAGCAAAGCCCCCCAAUGUCUCAGUUUUUGACCCCAAAUUCAGUGCUGAUGAUCCCUUCUUCCGUCACAAAUGCAGAUUCUGUCACAAAGUAUUUGGAAGUGACAGUGCCCUCCAGAUCCACAUUCGCUCCCACACCGGUGAACGACCAUACAAGUGCAACAUCUGCGGGAACCGAUUUUCUACCAAGGGUAACCUGAAGGUACAUUUCCAGCGCCACCAGUCUAGGUACCCCCACAUCCAUAUGGAUGUCAGACACCAUCCACCAACACCACCUCUUAUGGACCAGCCUCUCCAACCACCUUCAAUCCACCAGAUUCCCAUUUCCACCAUUCCAAAUGACCAAGCCAGAGCUAUGUAUGAAGAAGACAUGUUACCUCAUCAACCAUCCAAGAGCACUUCCCCCAGAGAAUCUGAAGGAAGUAUGGCAGACAGCUCUCGGCAUUAUCAGGAGGAAGAGAUGAAGCAGUACAACAGCGCUGACAGGAAUGGUGAUGAUGAUCAUGACAGUCCAUCAACAAGUCAGUCUGGAAGUUUAUCCCCAAAUGAAAGGAGGCAAACCACAUCCACCUCUCCUUCCAUUGCCCUGUCCUCCAAUGUCUUCCCUGUCAUGUCUGCAGGUGGUAUUCCGAUGUCUUCUGGAUAUCCCCUACCAUAUACUGGUUUUCCGAGAAUGGCAUUUGGCCAGAAUGGUAUUAUGCCAUUUGAGUCUUCCAAAAGUGCUGCAGACGUAGACCCAGUCAAACCUGAAACACCUCCAUCAUUGGCUAACCUUGCCGAGGCUGGUAUGCGGGCAUCUGAAACAUCCAAACUCCAGCAAUUAGUGGAGAACAUCGAGCAGAAAAUAACUGACCCAAACCAAUGUGUCAUCUGUCACCGGGUUCUGAGUUGCAAGAGCUCUCUCCAGCUUCACUAUCGCACACAUACUGGUGAACGCCCCUUCAAAUGUAAAAUCUGUGGUCGUUCAUUUACUACCAAAGGGAACCUCAAGACGCAUUAUGCUGUCCAUAGAAGUAAAGGACCAAUCAGAAUUCUCCAUGACUGUCCCAUCUGUGAGAAGCGCUUCAGCAACCCACUCGUGCUACAACAGCAUUUGCGCCUUCAUGCAGCAGAAGGGAUGACAAUACCUCCACAUCUGGAUCAUCCAAGAUCUGAAGAAAUGCACAUGAAGGACGAUGAAGAUGAUAUAGAAAAGACAGUUGGUGAAGACAACCACAUGGAUGUGGAUGAGCGUAAUGACCUUCCAACACCUGAGGAAGGAGAACUCCCUGAUGAUACAUUUCCUGAAGGUGACAAGCCUGAAGAUGGUACCCUCCCAUCAGAUGUCAAUUCGCCACCAGCAGAAAACCAUGCAUCUGAAAGUCGGGCAUCUGAUGACGAAAAAGAGACAGGUCAGCUCCAAAGCAGACCGUUCAUGCCAAGUAUCCUUGGAUUGCAGCCUGUUAGUUCCAUGGCAAAUGGAGAUUCCUCUACUGCUCCAAGCCCUGGACACAGUGUCGAUACAAAAUCAAUGAUGUCUGAAGAUGAAAAUCGAAAUAUCAAUAUGGCCAUGUAUAACCAUGAUGGACCUGAAUCUAUCUCAUCUAGCAUGGCUGAUGAAGAAUAUGAUGGGAACUAUAAAAAUGAGGAGAACGAUACUGAUAUGAGCGGAGCACUUGAUUUAAGACCAAAGGGAACUCCUCAGGAAAACAUUCCUCCACAUUCUAGAGAUACUGGUGAUAUGCCAGGCUACUACCAACAUGAUGGUCAUUAUCUUGAAGAUGUAAAGCCAAAUAUGACAUCUGCUGGCUUGCUGAUGAGUGUCCCUAGCAUGCAACUUGGAAGCAGAAGGCCUAUGAGACCAAACACAACCUGCCACUACUGCGGAAAGGUGUUUGCAUGCACCAGUGCCCUGAAUAUCCACUAUCGCAGCCACACCAAGGAGCGUCCAUUCCGCUGUGAUGUCUGCAGCAAGGGGUUCUCAACCAAAGGUAACCUCAAGCAGCAUAUGCUUACACACAAAAUCAGAGAUAUGCCCAUGCCAAGAUAUGAUUCACCAAUUAAUAUCCCUGGAAACUCCAAUGCCAAAUCUCCAGUCAUGCCAAAACCAAUUAGCCAGGAACUCCCUCUACAGCAGACAACCACUACCAACUCCCAAACCCCACCCCUGAAGCGCAGCUUGAGUGUCUCUCCAGAAGAAGCCAACAAGCGCAGUCAAUUCAAGCACUCCUGCUCUGUCUGUGGGAAACAGUUCCAGACCAACAGUGCCCUGGAGAUUCAUAUGCGCACGCAUACAGGAGAGAAACCAUUCCGUUGCCACAUCUGCAGCCGAGCCUUCACCACCAAAGGCAACCUGAAGGUUCAUCUUGGCACCCAUAUGUGGAAUGGAGGCGGACGACGGGGACGGCGCAUCGCUGUUGAACCUCCAUUCAUUGUCAGCCCCAAAGAAGGAGAGAUCUUCCGUGGGGAUCUCUUCGGCAUGCACCCAGGUUUUGCAGAGGGUGCUUUUUACCACUACCCUCCUCCUCAUCUUCUGAAUGGCUUUGCCGCAGCAGCUGCAAACUCAAAGGCCAAUGAGAUCUCGGUCAUUCAGCAGCCCACUAGCCUCCAUCUUCAAGAUUCUGGGUCAGUCAUCAUGAGGAACAGCUUGGCUCCAUCUGUAGAGAGCAGGGAGGCAACAUACAGCCGAGAAGCAGAGCGCCACCGUGAAAUGGUCCUGAGCAGAGAUGAGGCACUCAACCAUGAGAUUGCUCUUAACAGAGAAGAAGCUCUCGCCCGUGAAAUUGCAAUGAACCGCGAGGAGGCAUUUUCUCGCGAGCUGGCCCAUAGCAGGGAAGAGGCACUAUCUCGCGAGAGGGCCCAUAGCAGAGAAGAAGCUCGCGAGUUGGCCCAUACAAGGGAAGAGGUGCUCUCUCGUGACAGGGAAGAAGCUCUCUCUCGUGAGAUGGCCCUUAGCAGGGAAGAAGCUCUCUCUCGUGAGAUGGCCAUCAGCAGGGAAGAGGCUCUUUCGCGUGAAAUGACAAUUAAAAGAGAAGAGGCUCUCAACCGUGAAAUCGCUCUGAAUAGAGAAGAAGCCUUCUCCAGGGAGAUGGCCCUGAAAAGAGAAUUAGCCCAGAAUAAGGAGUUAGCCCUAGAAAGAUCCAACAGCAGAACCCCACCUGUUGCACCACAAUUGAGUUCAUAGUCUUGAAUUAUUUGAGUUUGAUUCACCCACCUUUUUUUACACACAAUCUUGAUUAAACCUUUAUAUGUCAUUUGUGGGAAAGUCCUACGUGACUUUAGUCAGGAGAGCUUCCAAUUUCUUUUCUUCCAAGACCUUGGUUUUGCGAUGUUAUUUUGUAUGUUUAUAUAUACAUAUAUGCGUUUUCUCUUGAGGGAGACCUGUUAGUAUGACAAAAUUGUCAAACUUGUACAUUUUUUUUAAGGAAAGGAAUGAUAUCAGAUGAUUUUGUUUGUUAUUUCUUGCUUCCAUCAGGGUUAUUUUUUGUGCAUGCUGUAGAUUCAUCCAUCUCGUGUUAUUGUUUUCUUCAUUUUUGGUGCUUAUUUUCCCAGCUAGUUAUCAACUUGAACUCUCUCUGCAUCCCAUCCCCCAAAGGCAAUUUAUUUACGACAGGGUAAAUUUUGAAAUGGUAUGCUACACCAUUUUUUUUAAAGAUGUACUUUUGGCAUUGUUAUAUAGGAACGUCAUUUAGAUAUUACAAAGGAUUCCAAUUAUGUUUUGCAAAGAGCUUAGAGUCUGGCUUUGGAGUAUAUCAGCCAGUAUUUGAUCUCUUAUUGGAAGUUGUAACUUGUAAUCUCUUUUUGAGUAUCAUGAAUAUGGAAGUAUUUAUGAAUGAUUACUUAAUUUUAUGUAUAUGGCAUGAUGCAGAAAAUGCUUCGGUAUGAUGAAACGAAAAGCUAACGAGACACCUGCGAUACCUCAGAAAUGACUUGAAACAAAAUCAGCUUAACAUGAAAUAGGUUUUUUUGUACUUACUCCGGAUUGAGGGCGUGAUAUUUACGAUUGACAGCAGUGUAGUCACUCUCGCUGCGAGUCAUGAUUGUGAUGAUUAACAAAUUGAGAAUGCAAAUGAUAUGUAAUCUGUGGAUGAGGAUAUAUGUAUGUGUGGACUAAUUCAGUGUCUGAAUGUGAAUCAGUAUUUAUAUAACAAAUUUAUAUAAUAUAUAUAUCAAAUUAUGAAGGGUAAUCAUGUUCAUGUGUAAUUAAAAUCCUAUGCUGUAACCCCUUCAGCUGCCUGUUUGGUAAGAAAGAAAACUGGUUUUAAUCCUACAGUCAUGCCUAGAUUAUUACAACCUUGGAAUGAAAUUGAAAUGGACAAUUGCUUAAAGUACUGUAUAUCAUGGACAUGAAACCAGAUUUGCUGAAGAUAUAAGGCAAUAUGAACUAGCUUAAUGUCUUGGUGUAUAAAGGUGUUUUCAAAAUCAUGUGUUGAGGAUUUAUUUGGGUAUUUUUAUUUACAUAUCUCCUAUCAUGAGCUUCAGUUUAUCAUCCUUAAAAUUUGUUUUGAUUAAAACCAAAGACUUUGUUCAGUUGAACAAUGUACAGAAUUUAACAGUAGCUUUGCGUAUGACUUUAGAGAAAGUGUAAUAUAUGAAGAAAAAAGGACAUAAGAAAAAAAAAGUUUGUUGUAAAUAGGAAAUCCGAAGAACUGUCGUCUAAUUAGAAAUACAAAAUGUAUCUGCCACCUGCUCCGAUGAAGCAAGUAGUGUGCUAAGAUUGUUGAUUAUGAUAAAAUGAUCUAUGAGUGUUGUUUAAAAGUUAGAAUACAUGUGAUGUUGUGAACCUUUGUUCUUAUGAUGGAAAAAAAUUGAAUAUGAAAACUACAUCUGUUUGUACAGCAUUCAAAACCGUAUUUAUUCACCUCGUAGUCUAAACUGUUAGUGCAUAUUUAAGGAAAAAGGAAAGAAACCGCAUUCUCCCCCUUUUUGGAUAAAUUUCAAAUUUGAAAUGGAGUCGAAAGUUGUGGUUCUUUCUUCUGCUAGAUUUGUGAACUAAGGAGCCAUGAACUGCUUAAAACUUGUGUGUGCUAUUGUUACUUGUUUUGUCAAAUAUAAUGUGAGUUUGUUGAUAAAAGUACACCAUUUUUCUUUUGGUUUCGUAACCCUUUGAAAAAACUAUUUUCCUUGGUUCUGUUUGAAAUGUAAUGCACCUUGAUCCCCCCCCCCCUCCAUGUGAUAUUUCCAACUUGAAAAUGAUCCUAUUUGCCACACCUCCCCCACCAAACUUGGUUAAGAAGUGAUGAUUGGUGAUUGUAGACAUCAAAGUGGUAUUUUAGAAAUGUAAUGCCCUUUAAUGUUAACAUGUUAUGGAUGGUACAUAUUUGCGUCCCUUUGGAAAAAUAUGGUCAAUUUUAGAAAUGAGUCUUUGUGAUAACUUCCAGUCAUUCAAGUAUAUUGUACUAGUUGCAUAAUAUUCUCUUGGGGCCAAGACUUUUUUUUAGUAGUAUAUUUAUCUGCUAAUGGUGAAAUUUCAUAUUCAGUUUGUACCACAUGAUGCAUAUACCAUGCAAAAGUGAGAAUGCCCCCCCCCCUGUUUGGCCCUUUUUAGUUUUAUCCAAGUAUGUUGUAAUCAAAAGUGAAAAUUCAUUUUUAUUUAGGCCGUAAUUUAUUGCCCAUUUGAUGCAAAAUUCACGAUGGGAAUCCUGUCUUGGCAAAAAGGGUGUUUGUUUGUAUACAUUUCAAAUACAUGUACUGUGAAAUAUACAAUGCCUGUUCAUGAUAUUUAAAAACUCUUUCUUUUAGAAUGAUAAACCCGUUAUACUCUCUAUAAAGGAGAUUCAAGUACAGUUCAAGUUUUGUAUGUUACCACCAGAACUUUUUAUUUUUUUAGAUUUUCUAAAUCGUGAUCUUGUGUAGAUGAGUUGCUAUGAAGAUAACACUAUUGGAAUCACACUCUUAAAGACCAAUUAGCAACGUCAGAAUCUGUCCUAGUACAGGGGAGUGUUUCAUCAGUCAUCUUGUCAGUGAUGUCCACAGUCAAAUUAUCUUUUAGCCAAUCAGAUGCAAAGAUUUCAGUAGCUUGUAACAAUUGCCAAUGGAAAUGACAGACACAACGUUUCAUGAAAGGCAGCCCUAAAUGGAAGGGUCAUUCUCUGGUCAGGGUUACCCUCAUUGAUUUGCUCCAACUGGUCCAUCCAACGGGAGUGUUUCAUGAAGUGACUCGUCAAUGAAUUUUUAUUUGCAACUGUGACAAGCUACUGAAAUGCCUGAAUCUGAUUGACUGAGAGCUAAUUUGUCAGUGGCGAUCACUGUUGAUUUGUUUCAUGAAACGCUCACAUCUUUUCCAACUGAAAAAAGGGCAUAAGUUUAAAAGGUCUGAGACUUUAUUUAACGUUCCAUCAAACCAAAUCGGGAUCGGUAUGUAACCUGCCCUUACUUAAAGUAGGCGUAUAUGUACAUUUCAUUUCAUUGUUUUUAAUAAUUUGGACACUUGUUUUUAUUUCACUUCAUUUCUUUUUAAUGCUGUUAACUGUAUCAAUUGAAGAUGCCUCUGGUUUAACAUAAUUUGAAUAUCCCAAAUAUGUUGAUAGAUUAAUCUUCAAAUAAGAGAGAAAAGAGAGAAAACUGUUCGUGGGAGAAAACAACCCAAAGUAGUACAGAGAUUGGUUUUGAGGGUUAAAAAAGCUUGUAUUGAUCAUUGGUUACUUGAAUAUGUGGAAUGGGACUUCUUUUGUUGUUUCUUUUGUGAAGUUUGAUUAACUUUGCUAAAUCAAUGACGGGCAUUUUAUAUACAUUGUAUAUAUAUCAAUGUUGCUAAUAGCACAAGUUAUUUUUUGUUUGUUCAAUUUGUGAUUCUCAGGGAAGUUAGCGUUGUAAACUGUCAUUCACAAUCAAGGUCACAAAAACAACUGAAAGAAAAGCGAAGAACUGCCAGAUUAAUCAUUCUUUUUCUUUAUUUGUUUACAUGUUGCUGUAAUAUUAUAUAACCGGUUUACAAAAACUAGGCACUUGUCUGCAGUAAUCAUUUUGGAACCAAAUACUCUUCGAUUUUCAGACAUGUAACUGCAACGGUAUGUUACAGUGUUGACAUGUCAUAUUUUGAUCAAUAUCAACCGAUCAGUCAUUCAAAGGGAAAUGCUUUUCAUAAUGACAAGAAAAUCUCUGAUUCAACUCUGCAAACAAAUCGGCUGGUUUUUCUCAAAUUUCUUGUCACAAAUUGCGUGUUACUUCUACUUAGUGUAAAGGAGUGUCAGAAAAUCUGAUUUUUAAACAUCAGACUGGCAUUGCAUGAGAUGAUAUCAUGUUGAGAUAAUUUCCUUUCAGGAAAGAUUAUUUUAUUAAUUUUUUUAAUGAUGGAUGUCUGUUUAGAAAGUUUGGUGUUUGGUUUGAACUUGGUAAGAGUUUGAGGUCUAUUUUAAUUGGGUGGUUGAACUCCUAAUUAUCCUACACACUGCUCUCGUGAGAAAAUCCAGAAAAAUCUGUCGACCGCAAAAUUAAUGCAUACAAUAAAUGAUAACAAACAAAAGUGGAUCGAACAGGAACCCCUUUGAAGUCAAAACAGUUUUUUUUGCUUCACAUAUCAUACCCUGGUUUUUUGACAACCAUGGAAUAUCAAAAUCACUUCGCCACUUGUCCAAACUUCCUGCGAAUUUCAUUAUGAAAAUAAAAUUUAGGGAAGCCCGGUAGGAUAGUUAUGACAGAUAAAAAGCAUAGUUGCAAACAAUGCCCUAUCUAGCUAACAUCUGCCUUUUUGGACUUUUUAUGAACUCUCUCUCACUAUCUCUCUCUGUAUUUCUAUCUGGUACAAAUUGUGAGAUAUUGGAGUAUAUUUCCUAUCUUUUUGGAUGGAGUUAAUGAAUGGUACAUAGUGUCCAAGGCAAGUAGGCUGGCAAUUUCAUUUGCAAUAUGACAAUUUUUUUCCUGUCAAACUUUUCCUUUUUGAUUGGGAUGGGGGGGGGGAUGAGGAAAGUUUUCAAAACUCCAGUUGGCUCCUCUCUUGAUUAAAUCAACUUUUUGAUGUCUUUAACGGCUGUAACCAAUUUCUGUCUAGUUAUUUCAUUAUGAAUGAUCCAUGCAUCUUGCUAGUUUUUGGCCUUCUUUUCCUAGUUUGUGGAAUAUCGUGGGAUUGCUGGCGCGAUGAAAAUAAAACACAAGUGGGAAAAAAUAAUGAAGAAGGGUAGACAAUCGAUAGCCCUGUUUCGGCAUUGGCCUUGAGUAUUUUAAUCAUAAUGAGAAUUCAUGAUUUUUUUCUUCUCUAUCUCUUUAUAGCAGUAUCUCAGUCAAACUGUCAAGUUCAUUUUUGAUGAGAAAUUAUCUGUCCAUGCUGACUUCGCAAACUAGUUUUGAUGAUAUUGCAGAAGCUCAUGCCAUAGCUCUUCUUUUGAUCCCAUUGACUGGUAGAAAUUGACAUACAUCAUUGAUUGCAAGAAUUUUAUUUUAGUUAUAGAUUAAUUUUUUUUCUAUGCAUAUUUGACAUCAGCACACUCUCAGUAUUAUUUUAAGUAUUUUCAUUUGAAUUGUAGAUUUCACUAUUUUUUGUAUAUUGUUUUGUAUGUUUUCUAGAGUAUUUGUAAUGGCAACAAGAAUUUGAUUUUUUCUGAAAGUACUCUGCACAUUUUCUCCCCACAAACAUAGCACAAUCAUUAUUUAUAGCGGACAGAAAGCAUGAAAUUGUCUACUGCUAUCAUUCAAAUGAACUUUGUUUUUAUCAUAACUGAUGAUUUGAUAUUAAGGUAAAAUGAUGAUUUGGGAUUUGUGAAUUAUAUAGGCUCAUUUGGUCUAUUUCAGAGAGGAAACAUGAAAAUAUAUCAGAAAGUGAGAGAAUAUAAUUUCUAAGAUGUUACCAAUCAAAUUCUUGCUGCUAUUCAUAGAUACUGUGUGGAAAUUCAUGUUUUGGUUUCCAAAUAUUUUAUGAUUUUGUUGUUUUUUCAUUGAGAUUUGUACAUAAAAGAUUAUCAAUUUGCAGCUGGUAUGUGAGAGAUUACUAGUGACAAUUAAAUAUAUAGGUUAAAGCAAUUAUUUCUUUUAAUUCUUGCAAUAAUGAUAGCACUUACAAUGGCUUUUCGCCCUGCCCCCAAAUCACUUUUUUUUUACAUUCCACAAAGUACAUAAAUUUGCACCCAUUUCCUUACUAUGGCAUAUCAUUUGAUUUUCUCCAAAGUUGUAUUCAAGUAUCAGUAUUGAAAGAAACUGCCAUAAACAAUGAAUUUGAAAAAAAGUGGCAACAAAAUAGUUUUCUAAAAUGAAUACUAAUACAGUGUUUUCUAGAAUGAGAAUCAUUAUAGUUUUAGUCAAUGUAAAGGGCCAACUUCUCGAAAAAGUUUGUAUGUCGGUUUUCACAAGGAUUUGGCAUCAAGAUUUAGUUUAGUUGCUCAACAAAUGGCUUCAAAAUUUAUGUUAACAUGAUCGAUGUUCAUAAAACAUUUCAGUUGACUUUGAAUGAAAAUGUGAACAUUUUCAGAACGAUACCAUUACUGCAUUUUGUGUUGUGAUAGUAGGAUUUUGCUUGGGUGUUAAGACAGGCAAACCAGUUAGGAUAUUUAUUUCAUUUGUCUUGACAUGUCUGCUUCAUUUGGGGUUUAAAAAAUAGAGAUUAUACAGAGAAAUAAUCUCACCUCGAUAAUGAUAAAGAAAUUCCUAUUUGUCCAAAAAAGUGCAAAGUUAAAAUCUAAAGAAUAAAGCUUGCAAGUAGCAUUAACAAUGCAGCUUAAAAAGAAAAGAAUUAGUGUCAUGAAAUUAGUCUGAAAGUGUUAUUCAUGUUUUCAUUUAUUUUGUCACUACAAUUCUUAAGAAAUUUUGGGGGAAAAUAGGAUCCAUUAGCAAAGCACAAUGUUUUUGGUUACAAUUUGAUUAACUAUGUCCAUACUUUGUUGGAGAAUAUAACCAAUACUGUAGUUCAUGUAAUAAUGUAUGUUGCUAGUAUUUAUGACUGUUUUAUGUGUGUGAACAAUGAAAAAAAAAUGUGUACUCUUAUUUUAAUGGCCAAGACAAGGUUUAUGUUGUAAAGAUCAUAUAAAUGAGAACUAUUGCAUUAUUUGUGGUAGUAAUUACUUGGUUUUUGUCUGAAGGCUUUUGAUUUACUGGCCAUAAAGAUCCCUUGUUGUAAUUUCUUUACACGAUCGUAUGUACAUGUGUACCAAUUCACAAAUAUAUGUAUGCACUGGAGUAGAAUAUAGUGAAGCUUGUAUAUUUUAUUAUACUGAAGUCUAACAAAAUAAAUUGAGAAGAAGGAA